AUGCAGCCCCAGUACAACGAGGAGGCCAAGCCUUUCGCUUACGACUACGCCGUCAACGACCACUACUCCGGUGCCAACUUCGCCAAGAAGGAGCAGAGCGAUGGCCACAACACCCAGGGAUAUUACUCGGUGGCUCUGCCCGACGGCCGUGUCCAGCACGUCAAGUACGUCGCCGACAACUACGGCGGCUACAACGCUGAGGUCACUUACGAGGGAGAGGCCCAGUACCCCGAGUACCACCCCGCCCCUGCUUACAAGGCUGCUGCCCCGGCAUACAAGCCUGUCCACAAGCCUGCUUACGGCCAUCCCACCUCGGCAUACAAGCCUGCUGCGUACGAUUCUUCCCCCGUCUACAAGGCUGCUGCCACAGCACACAGGCCUGCAACGUACUCGGCAUGA